CCCCCCCGAUUCUGCUUUGCGGACAUUUUCCACUCUGCGGCUAUUUUUGUCUCUCCCCCCCUGUUUCUACUUUGCGGACGUUUUUUUUCCAACAAUUAAGAAAAAACGUCCGCAAUCAAGAAGACGCGCUCUUUUCUACAUGCAAAUCAAAACAAUUAAAAGAAAAAACAAUGAUCCCGAUCGUCUGACGUUGUCCUUUGAGAAGCAAAAAUAAGUGAAUAUGUGCAUUGGGUAUUUUUCCUCCGCAUCAUAUCUGUUCUGUAAAGAAAGACGAAGAGCAUGACUCAUCACAAGGACAAAGUAUGCGAACGGAAAGCGGUGAUAUGGAGCGCAUAUUGGGAACAACGAAAUUCCAUACGAUUAUUUUUCUUUCGGAUAAUUCCAAUCUAUAAAAAAGAACAUGAUGCAAGAUAUCCUUAUAAAUAUAGGCACUUCUUUUGUGUUACUUUCACAUCAAUCCCUCUUGCAAGUGCGAAUAUUAGACAUUAUAUAAGGUAAGACAUUGUGCGUAGUUAAACAAAGAAUAUUCAUUGAUUUAUUAUUUAUUCAUUUACAACAACAUGAAACUCAAUGUUAUUCUUCGUAGUGUGAUAUUAAUUCUAUUAAUCGGAUCUAUAACAGAAACAAUAGCUGGUCCACUUGCAUAUGCAGCAUGCAUUUCUACGUGCUUAGCAGCACUUAGUGCGGGAGGAUUAAUAGUUGGUGCGUUAGCAGGUGGCGCAAGCUGUCCUACGCUUUGUGCACCAGCUUUAGUAGCUCCGACACCCUGA